AACGGUAAAGAAACUACUUUGGACAUUCCUCUAUACAACUUUUUUUUUGUUAAGUCCUAUAACAAGAGAGACAACUCUAGAAACUGUAUAAAAGAUGAGGUGACUAAGGACUAAAACAAAGAAGUCAAGUGUCGCUUGCGUAAUUGAAAGAAGACAAAGAAUUGCGUUCAAUUGGGUUAGAGACAUGAUGUCAAGAAUACAACUGCUCCCUCAUAUUGUCCUUUUCAAGAGUAUAAAAUAUUCGGAGAAGAACAUGGUACAAACAGUUGCCUCUCAGAGCUCAAGCAAGCAAUUAGUCCAACAAGAACUCAAGUAAAAUGGCAACUGGUCAAACCAUUUUCGUCCUUCUCGGUCUGGCCACCGUCGUCUGCUUGAUGCUGGAGACAGCUGAGGCCCACUCCCACCAUCACCAUCACCACCACAAACACAGCCAUAGCCACAAACACAGCCACUCCCACCACCAUCACCACAGCAGCAGCAGCAGCAGUGGCUCAAGCAGCAGCUGCAAAUCCAGCGGCGGCGGCGGAACCGAAGAGCUUCUUCUCACAGCUCUUCUUCUGCAACAGCAAGCCGCCGCUGGAGCCGCCGCUGGUGGUGGUGUCGUCGGUUAGGUGAACCCAAUGAUUUUGUGGACACUUCUCUGAAUUUGUUUACAUUUCAUUUCAAAGUUUGUAAAAAAUAAAAUCUCUCGAAGAGUUGACUUUUGAAUUGAAGUUGUUUGAUCUGGGGUUUAGGAAAGUUGUCCAGAUACAGCACUUCUCCAAACGUAUACAUUACUUUUGUAGUUUUGUAGUUUCUAUGUAAAAAAAUAAUAAAACACAUUGAAAUAGAAA